GUAACUGGCGAUCGAAAACAGUCACCAAUUGACAUACUUUCAACAAUAACAGCCUUUGAUAGCUCGCUUGAAAAUUCUGACAUCCGAAUCAGUUAUCCUGUGAACGCCGAAGUACGACUUAAAAAUGCUGGAGACAGUUUGCAACUGCAACUUAAUCCAUCAAAUAUAGCCGAAUUGUCAGCCAGUCAUCUAGGCGAAGAAAGAUACAUCCUUGAGACAGUAUACUUUCACUGGGGCACCGAGCCGAUGAAUGGAAGUGAGCAUACGAUUGGUGGCGUGGGAUAUGCCGGAGAAAUACAGUUCAUCCAUAGAAACGCUCGGUACCAGAAUCUGGAGGGAGCGCUGAAAGAACCGAAUGGUGUACUGGGAGUCGCCGUUUUGCUUAAUGAGUCACACGAUGAUAAUCGAACAUUUUCGACAAUAAUUGAUGGCAUAGCACAAGUGGUUUACAAAGGAAGUGAGUGCGCUAUUCAUGGCGUCGAUUUACUACACAUGCUUCCUUCUUCCGGUAUGUAG